AUCGGCAAAUCUCUCUUUUCCUCUCCUCCCGUCUUCCAGGCCAUAGUCGCACACAACCUCAUCUACACACUACUACCUUCACCAAUUCUCUGAAACAAAAAUCGAUUUUUGAAUUAAAAAUCGAAUAUAUUUAAUUAUUAUUAUAUAUAGAUAUAUAAAAACAUUCCGGUGCCGAAGAAUUUGCCGGCGCCGACACGAUGAGCGCUAUGCCAAGGGAAGAUGACAAAGACGAAGAAGCCAACCGCUUACUGCGAUCCGAGCCGACUUCUCCACCGGCCACGACGCUUUCCUCGCCGGACGACGAGGAGGAGGAUGUGGCCUUCGAGGCGCGAGAGAAGAUCCUGAUCGUGGAUUUGGACUCGCCGGAAUCCGUGGAUGCGAACGCAGUCCCGCCGUUCUCGUGGAAGAAGCUGUGGCUGUUCACGGGGCCGGGGUUCCUGAUGAGCAUAGCGUUUCUGGAUCCGGGGAACCUUGAGGGGGAUCUCCAGUCGGGGGCGAUCGCCGGCUACUCGCUGCUGUGGCUGCUUAUGUGGGCCACCAUUAUGGGCCUACUGAUCCAGCUCCUGUCGGCGAGGGUCGGCGUCGCCACCGGUCGCCACCUGGCGGAGCUCUGCCGCGAGGAGUAUCCCAAUUGGGCCAAAAUGUUGCUUUGGUUCAUGGCGGAGCUGGCGUUAAUCGGGGCUGAUAUUCAGGAGGUCAUUGGGAGCGCCAUUGCUAUCCAGAUUCUUAGCCAUGGGGUUUUGCCGCUUUGGGCUGGAGUCCUCAUUACGGCGUCGGAUUGUUUCAUUUUCUUAUUUCUUGAGAACUAUGGAGUGAGGAAGUUAGAAGCUGUUUUUGCUGUUCUCAUUGCAACAAUGGCUUUAUCAUUUGCCUGGAUGUUUGGUGACACAAAGCCAAGUGGAAAAAAACUUCUGAUGGGUCUUUUGAUUCCAAGACUUAGUUCAAAAACAAUUCGGCAGGCUGUGGGAGUAGUGGGUUGUGUCAUAAUGCCUCACAAUGUAUUUCUGCAUUCUGCUCUGGUGCAGUCUAGAAACAUUGAUCCCCACAAGAAAAGCAGGGUCCAAGAGGCACUGAACUACUACUCUAUUGAAUCAUCUGUUGCACUUUUGGUUUCAUUCAUGAUCAAUUUGUUUGUGACAACCAUUUUUGCUAAAGGAUUUUAUGGUACCAAACAAGCCGAUAGUAUAGGACUAGUAAAUGCAGGUCAGUAUCUUGAGGAGAAGUAUGGUGGGGGUGUCUUUCCGAUUCUUUAUAUAUGGGGAAUCGGAUUGUUGGCUGCUGGACAGAGUAGCACAAUAACUGGCACAUAUGCUGGGCAGUUUAUCAUGGGUGGUUUUCUUAACCUCCGUUUGAAGAAAUGGAUGAGGGCGUUGAUCACUCGGAGUUUUGCUAUUGUUCCAACCAUUGUUGUGGCAAUUUUUUUUAAUACAUCUGAAGCCUCUUUGGAUAUCUUGAAUGAAUGGCUCAAUGUCCUUCAGUCUAUACAGAUUCCUUUUGCGCUUAUUCCUCUUCUUACUUUGGUGACAAAGGAGCAGGUUAUGGGAGUUUUUAAGAUUGGGCCUGUUCUUGAGAGAAUCGCGUGGACUGUGGCUGCGCUGGUAAUAGUCAUUAAUGGGUACCUAUUGCUAGAUUUCUUCAUUUCUGAAGUUAAGGGAGUCCUGUUUACUUCUGUUGUCUGCCUCAGCACAGCUGCAUAUGUAUCAUUUAUUGUAUAUCUUGUUUCACAUUGCGGUGUCCUUCCUUCCACUUGGUGGAGCUUGCUAACCAAACGUAUUGCAUACAUCGGCAACUAAGUCCAACAGAUUCAUGUCAGUUUCUGCAUAUAUUUGAAUUAUGGUGCUGCCCAGAAAAAAGCAAAGCUAAUUAUUUAGCACGAGGGUGAUCACAUAUGUUUUGAGAAGUAAGCAUUCUUUCAUGGUAACUUUCUCUAACCGUGGUGGAUACAUAAAAGCGCGUCUACAAUAGCGAACAAUUGAUAGCAUUUGUUCAAUGAAUUGAGGAUUGAAGAUAUUUCCCCUUUUAGAGAAUGACGAACAUAGCAUCAAUAAACACCUUGAAUGAAAUUGUAUAAUGCAAAACAUUCGUUAUGGCCAUGUUAGAUUUUAAGGAAUUUAGAAUAGGCUGCUUAGUUAUUCUUUGAUGUUAAACAGCUUAUUAUGUAACCAUAGUCAGAUGGCACAUUGGAACAACUUACAAGUCGAUACAACAAGAUGGAGUGAAUUUUGCAUGCCGUUCAGUUAUCAUUUUCUUUUUCUUUUAGGUGGGUUUUUAUUUUAUUCUUGCGUUUCUGAUCAUUUGCAAUUUUGGGCGAUGAUGUUUGAUUCAGCUCAUUCAUAAGCAAAAAAGAUGUUUGCUUUCCAGUGUUUUGGAGGCAAGCUCAACGAGUGUGGAUUGAUGCAAUCAAGAAACUCACUGGGCUUUUAAACAGAAAUUUCCAUUAGGAAACAAGAGGUUGUCGUUUUAGCUUAGUAGACUAAGCAGUCAGUCUUCUUUUUGAUUGACCCAGCAAGGAGCAAAUGAAUAUCAAGAAGGGAACACUUUCCUUGUCAAUAUACUUUUCAAUUUUCAUCGGCAUAUUGACUUCAGUUUUGCUGGGUCAAGCACUAACAAAUUUUUUUUGUUUUGUAAUAUAUGAGGGAUUAGUAA